AUGGCACAGUGGUGGUAUCAGAUAAUGAUAAGGCGGAAAUGUUGGCCGAGGUUUUUGAAAAAGUUUAUGCUAAGCAAAACCCGUCAUGAAAUUCUUGAAAUCAUCUCUAAAUGGCGUAAUUCUUCUUCUGCUACCCCAGAUGGUAUCCCAUUCCUUUUCAUAAAGAAGAUGGCUGAUGUCAUUUCGGCACCACUUGAAUUCCUUUUCAAUUUGUUGUUUUUCCAAGCUGUUGUUCCGCGUAGCUGGCGGCAUGCAUAUGUCAUUCCAAUCAGGAAGAAACCUCCACACUGUGAUCCUAACAACUACAGGCCUGUUAGUAUCACAUCAGUGUUUUGCAGACUUUCUGAAAAAAUACUCAAGAAGGUCAUUAUUCGUCACAUAACAUGUAACCAGGUCCUAUCCGACCAUCAACAUGUAACUCUCAUGUUGGAAGCAAUGAAUGAUUGGACAUCAGUAUUGGAUGCUAAAAAAAGUGUAGACGUCAUUUAUUUUGAUUUCCAAAAGGCCUUUGACAAAGUCUCCCAUCCCAUCUUAUUACAUAAACUCGCGCGAAUCGGGGUUCAUGGAAGGAUAGACAAGUGGAUUGAAGAAUUUCUCGCUGAUCGCACCUUUCAAGUGUUGGUGAAUGGUCAUGCUUCCACGGUCCGACAUGCUAUCAGUGGGGUUCCCAAGGAAGUGUCUCCCCAUUUCAUUUAA